AUGCCUUGGACCCCGGAGAGGCCCCCGAACGGGGAUCUGAAGCACUUCCCACAGUCGAAGGAACAUUGGCGAACGCCUGCUUUGGUCAGCUACUACCGCAUCGACCCCCAGUGGCGUAGCUCUGGUGUCAAGUACGAGCAUGGCCCAAGAGUCCCAUAUAGAGGUUGCAGACCCCAACUUGCCUCGACUGUCGCCGCUGGGCGUGGUACGGCCUCCUUUCCCAUCCUUGCCGAGGGAGACCUUUCGCCGCCUGCCGACUGGGGAGUCCUCUUACAGCCCACUUGGGUAUGA